AUGGGUAAUGCUUGUUGUUGCAAUAGUCAACCAUAAUAUGAAUAAGUUCAUACAGAAGGUAAACAACCUGAAAUUUAUGAAAGCGAAUUUUAAAAUUUACGACAUAUACCAUAAGUACCUCUAGGUUUAUUCUUUUCUUUAAAAUAAAAUAAAAAAAUUAAAUAAAUAUAGAUUUCUAAUAAAAAAAAUAAAAUUAUUAAAGUACAAAUGAUAAAGACAAUAAUUUUCCUUAAUCAUAAAUAGCUAAAAUAAUAUAAAUAAUUCCAAAUUAUCUAAAUUAAUAUUCAAAGUAAACUUUAGAAAAAUAAGGCAAUUUUAUUUACGACCAAGACGAUCCUGAUGAUAAAGAAUUACCUGUUUCAGGCCCUUAUGAAUUUGAAAACGGGGCUGUAUAUAUAGGUUAAUGGAAAAACGGAAAUAGACAUGGUAAAGGGACAUAAUAUUGGCCAGACGGUAGUUUAUAUGAAGGAUAUUGGAAAAAUAAUAUGUCAGAAGGAAAAGGAAGACUAAUACAUGCAGAUGGAGAUGUCUAUAUAGGAAAUUGGAAAAAAGAUAAAGCGAAUGGUUUUGGGGUUUAUUUGCAUAUUGAUAAUGCAAAAUAUGAAGGGGAAUGGCUUGAUGAUAAAUAACAUGGGAAAGGAACUGAGUCCUGGCCUAAUGGGGCUUUUUUUAUAGGGGAAUAUUUUGAAGGUAAAAAGGAAGGGAAAGGUACUUUUAAAUGGGCUGAUGGGUCUUUUUAUGAAGGAAAUUUUAAUAAUAAUUAAAUUCAUGGGUUUGGGAAAUAUAUUUGGCCGGAUAAUCGGACAUAUGAAGGUGAGUGGUAAUUCAAUAAAAUGGAAGGUAAAGGAAUUUUUGAUUGGGCUGAUGGGAAAAAUUAUUAAGGGGAAUAUUUAAAUGAUAAAAGACAUGGGUAUGGGGUUUUUAAAUGGCCAGAUGGAAAAUUUAUAAAGGAUAAUGGGUAUAAGGUAAAUAGCAUGGAGUUGGGCAUUUUAUUAAUUUAGAAGGGAUAGAAAUAAAAGGUGUUUGGGUUGAUGGAAAAAGAGAAAAAUUAAUUGAUGAAGAUGGAAAUGAAACAAAAGAUGAUGAUAGUAUUGAAUAAGAUUAUAUUGAUAAAUAAGCGAAUUCAAUUUUUUAAAUUAAAAAAUAAAAA